GGUGGCUGGAGGUGGUGAUAUUGAAAGCUCCGAGACCGAGCGGAUCGAGGAAGGCGCCAAAUCAAAUGUAGAGGUUCGAUUGCAGCGGCCUGGGGCGGCAACAGUUCGCGUUCACGUGGUCAGGAGGAAGCACUGCUGUUCCGUGGCGAGCAACACGGAGGAUGUGCUUCAGUUGGAGGGCCCGCGCCGAAUUUCUCUCACCCGUCCUUUGACGGAGAUUGUGACCCAGUCGGCUUUGAGCCAUUACUAAGAUCGGCGGAGUCAAACCUUCCUCAACCAGGCAAGAUAAAUCGAACCGAUUUGCGUCCUCUUGUAUCGGACGUUCAGCCCCCUCCUAGGGUGCAAUGCAGUUUCCACAUGCUACCCCGGUGCUUGCAAUAACAAGUCGUGCCUGUUAAACCAAGCCAAGGGUCCAACUUUUAUACAUUGAAGGUGGUAAAUGGCCUUCUGUUGACGACUAUCUUGGAUAUAUUUUCACUCUCCUGCUUUCUCUCUUGGACAGUUUUAACCUCAAAAGGAUAUGGAGGAACAGCAGCCAGUACAUAUAGAAGAGAACAACUUCCCACCAAACUCUGUCACACCCGCUGCAUAUUUUGUCAUUCUUAAGCAGGCUUCUGGCAGUAAUGACACUGAACGCAGCAUGGUAGUGGCCAAACAAGAACUUGGGGGUAUUGGUUGCCAUCUGGAAAAAAUAAGCAAUUUGGUACCAGGGAGAACUGGUUAUCCAGUUAAGUGCCAUUCUGGGAAUGUUUGCAUCACCUUGGAUAACCAAGAUGUGUGGAAUCAGUUUUUCAAGCAUGGGACAGAGAUGAUCCUAACGAAACGUGGUAGGCGCAUGUUCCCAUAUUGCAGAUUCUGCAUCUUUGGUCUGGAUCCUUUAAGGAAGUACAUCCUGGUAAUGGAUAUUGCUCCCGUUGACAAUCAUCGUUACAAAUGGAAUGGCCGUUGGUGGGAAAUAAAUGGAAAAGCAGACCCACAUGUUCUUGGAAGGGUGUACAUACAUCCCAAUUCACCUUCCAGUGGGAGCUACUGGAUGAGGCAAUCAAUAUCCUUUCAUAAAUUGAAACUUACAAACAAUACCUUGGACCAAGAAGGUCACAUCAUCCUUCAUUCCAUGCACCGGUACUUGCCACGUUUGCAUAUCAUCCCUGCUGACAAGCUAACUGAUGUAAUUCCCCUCAAUGGCCCAAAUGUGCACACCUUCACUUUUCCACAGACUGAGUUUGUGGCUGUAACUGCUUAUCAGAACAUAAAGAUCACUCAGUUGAAAAUAGAUUUCAAUCCAUUUGCAAAGGGUUUUCGGGAUGAUGGUCUGAACAGUAAGCCAAUGCGAGAGUUGAGGCACCAGGGUGGUGAAUCAAUGGAUGCAGGUUGCAGUGAUGAUUCUGCUUCUUCAAACAGUAUUCUAACUGAAUCUAGUGAGCAUUUAAGUAUUAAGGCUGGGGAAAGAUCUGAGACUGAGCACAGAAGAAUUUGUUCAUCUCCAGACUCUAGUUUUGACGGGGAGUUGUAUAAUACUGAUGAAGAGGAAGAUUGCCUGGAAGGUAACAAUGCAUCAAAAACAAAUAAACAUAAUGCAGGAAUGAAAUUCAUGAAGAAGAGAACAACUGAGAGCAUCUUGAAAUGCCUCCCGAAUAUUUAUUCAACAAAUCCAACCAGCGUUGCAUCAUCUGAAUACCAUGAAGAGCCGUUUAAAAUUAUUGUCAAGGAAGAGCCUCCAGAUGACUUUGAAGAUAACCAUGUAGCAAACCCAGUAAUCCUUGAUUGUGAUGGACUAAAAUGUAAAGAUGAGAAGGAAUUUUUAGAUUCAGAAGGAUGGGAUGGUGAAACUAAUUGUGAUUUACAAAAUAAAACUAUGACCAAAAGCUCCACAAAUGAAGUGGCUACAACUUCAUCUGCAGUUACCAAGCAGCCACUAAUCAGUCCCAUAGCAGUAACUAAAGCAAAAAUGCUGAGUGUGGAAAGUACCAAAGUGCCUGUAGUUUACUUGGAGCCGUGUACUUUUACAAAUGGCACCAUCAAAAUAUCUGAACUGCCACAAAAGCUACUGUCUUCUUGUCGGAGGAAAGGGGGACCUAUACCAACAGCUCUCCAGUCCCCUAAUUCUACAAAAAAACCUACCGAUUCGUCUAGCUCUGCUGAAAAUUCUCAAGUGGAGAAUGUAGAUUCAAAAUCCGUAUGCUCCGGGCCCAAAGAGAGUAGCCCUGCAUCAGAAAAAAACGUGAAUAAAACCAGUACUUCCACAGUUUCAAAUAAUCCAACAGCAUCACCUGGUACGCCCCCUGAGAAAACCUCUGGAGAAGGUUUCAGAUUUCGUAAGAUAAAAUAUACAGAAAAGGCAUUAAAUUCUGGGAUCUGGAGAACUCCAAGCAGGAUAUUUCGUGAUUCUGCUGAGAACUCACCCGAGUUAUCUGUUUGUUCUAAAUCUGCACGUUUGAAUACCAAGACAUUCAGUUCUGGGAUCUGGAGACCUCCAGAUGGUGGGACUGACUCGAUUGGCCAAACUUCUGCACCCCACAUUGAAAGCAAGUCUUCAGGCGUGUCGGAGCAGCAUGCUACAGUGGGUUCUUAUACGCGAGGUCGAAGAAAAAAACUGUGUUUGUCUGCAGAACCGUCUCAAUCUGCCUUGAGGUCUUCUCAUGCUUCCUCUGAACGUCUGGAACGUGAAGAAACGUUUCAUGAUGCCAGUCCAGACCUGGACAAUGUGGAGGGUGUUACCUUUGUUUCAUAUGCAUCACAGGAUGCCCUGCAAACCCACCUGGUUGAACAUGUGUCGGAAGAGCCGAGCAAUCCCAUUCAUCCGACAGCAGAUCCUCAAGAAAGUGAAGAGGAGAAAAUUGAACGGCUGGAAGAGCAGCUGCUUGAGGACCUUAGUCAUUUAGACCCCAGAGUUAUUAUGCACCCAUUGCUGGAAAGAGCUGGUCUUAAGCCAAAUUCCUUGAUGUCAACAGGCAACCUGAAACGCUUAGGAGUGGUGAUAUCACCUUCAUCGGCUUCGAUUGUUAGACCUGCUAAAAGAGACAUCUUAGAUCUUUCUCCAAUCAAACAAGUCCAAGAACCUUUAGAAGAAGUUUCCUUUGUUUCAAGAACAGGAAAAACAAAUGAUUUCACAAAAUUGAAGGGUUGGAAGCAAAAACUUGGACAACAUUCAGGAUCUUCUACUUCCAAGCAGACCGAAACAAGUGCAAGACCAGAGUACUCCUUAAAAAAUAGUUCUGUUUUCUCAAGUGACAAAUUGGAUGAAUACCUGGAAAAUGAAGAGAAAAUUAUUGAACAACGUGCUGCUCUGUGCGUGAACAAAACAUCAAAAGUUGUAUAUCAAAUGCCAACCAAAAGUUCGAGUUACGUCCGCACGUUGGAUAGUGUAUUAAAAUCCCGGUCAUCCCAAGCUGACUGUAGAGGGUCCCGUACAACCAAUCGAACUUCGGUUUCUCCGCAACCCAUUUCUGUUGGCUCUGUUUCCAAAAACACCAAGCAGAUUGAGAUGACAUUGGGACCUGUCCCGGAUAGCAAAGAGCAGAAGUCUGCAAACAAUGCAAAGGCGCCCUCAACACCAGUCAAAUCAGCAGCUAAAACCAGUUUGCGGCCGUCCUUUGCACCCAUGAGACCUCCUGGGUUAUCCAAAAAGCAGAUGAAGUUAAUGAAUCUGGAGAAUAGUGCCCGCUGGGUUGGGAAACCAAGGACUUACAUCACAGAGGAGCGAGCAGAAGCAUCCCUUGUUACUCUGCUAACAGCACAGGGAUCACUAUCGUCAAAGAAACAUAAAGUGAUAUCUAGGCAGGCGCCACUCUGUAAGAAUGAAUUCUGUCGAUUGGGCUGUAUUUGUUCCAGUCUCUCACACGUCAAACAGCCGCCCAAACAUUGUCGAAAGCCAGAAUGUAUGUUCAGCUGUAAAUGUCCAAAGCGGAAAGUGUUUGUGCUGAAGUCAUUUUCAAAGCGUAGGAAGCAGCUGACUAAAUCUCUCAGGGACGAUUUAAUAUUCUACGAUGCUUUGGCAGACGAUGAGGACUGGAAACCAAAAGCCAAAAAGAAGAAAAGGAGGAAGGUGGUUGAAUAUGCAGUUCCUGAGCCAGAACAACCUGUGCGCUCAUAUCCUCUGUGGGUUCGUGAGGAGGGGGAGGUGGACCCUGAGCCAGUUUACAUCGCACCUCACUUCGAAUCCUAUCAUGCUAAUAGAAGCCCCUCUUUGUCUGAAUCACAAUCUCCACUUAGUCCAAAAGAGUCUGGAUCCACUGAUGUGCAAACAGGACAAUCGACUCCUGUAAGUUCACCAAAGCUCUCUGAGGUACCCUCUGAGGUUGAUGAGAAAGGUCCGGUGUACUGGUAUUUUGAGAGUAUGAUGACCUGUGCACGUGUUCGUAUCUUCGAACGUAAAGAUGCUGAAAGAUCCGUAAACUGCACUUGCAGUCUAAAGCGCUGCUGUACACAGGAAAACAGCAAGGGAAACAACAGUGGAACAGUUACAGCAUGCAGGUUGAACAGGUGUAGGAACUCCACUACUGUAGAAGCAAUGGAAUCUGAGAAAUUGGACGGUUUCGAGAACAAUUCAAUGUCGCCAAAUGCUGCUGAAACAAGCAAAUGGAAGCAAAAAGAGAAGGCAGAUUCGCUGUUACACUGUGACAGUCCACAAGAAGAGAAUACUAGUCUUCAGUCAGAAACGCCACAAACAUCAGUAGAGACAAAGAAUACACCGAAACUGAUUGAAAUUAUAUCAGAUUGUAACUGGGAAUCAGAACGUUCCAAUAUUCUUGGAGUACUUGCUCAAUAUACUGCCAAUAAGAGACCUUUGGAGAAAAUAAGAUUUGGCAAUUUUCUUGUUGAAAUUGUGUCAAAUUAUGGAAAAAGUCGAGAUCCUUCACCUGGAAGUGUGCUGAUUUCUAGCUCAGUGGUAAAGAUUUCCCAGUCCAGUGAAAAAGAGGGAAGUGGCAAAUACUCAGGUUGCAAUAUGUCUGUUCCAACCACCUCCCAAUCUCCUGGAAUCCAGCUGACUGAAACACCACCAAUUGCACCAAAAGAAACUUUACCAACACCUACCAAAUGUACAGUGCAGGAAAAGGAGGUAACCACAUUUCACUUGGGCUCAAUAGUAGGUGGCAAGCAAAAGCCUGCCUUUGACCCACCAACAUCAACUUCUCGGAAAAGCGGUAUGAUCCAGUUCACUGGAAAUGCCAAUGGUGAUACGAAGCUGACACUAGGACAGGUUGGAGCUCUUCAUCCAGUGAAUUGGGUGACAGCUAACCAUAAAAAGAAAAUUAAAAUAGUUGAACCAUUCAAGAUGUCCUCCAGUACGGUUGCCUCAUCAGCCUCUGCUCAUUUACCCUCAAAACAUCCAACAACUUGUUCCACAUCCACUGGCAAUGACUUUUUAAGAGAUCCAAAUGAUGCCACUCCUGUUAACCAGGCCAAAGAGGAUUAUACUUCUAACAAGUACACUCAUCUUGUAAUAAAUAAAGUUGGAGGUUUGUGGAAAAAGAAAUCAUCCUUCAGUACAUUGGAGCCAGUGCUUAGCAGGCAGCAGCUUGAUACUCCAUUAUCGACAGUCAGCACUAAUGUGUCGGCAGGUAUUUCACCAUUAACAACUGUUGGGGUUAUGCCAGCUACCUCAGGUUCUGACUCUGUCAUGCCUGAUACAUCGCAAAAGAGCAUUUCAAUGGUUGCAGUAAGCACAGGUGCUGUCUACACAGCGGGAUCUCGUUUAUUAAAGAGCUUAGAGACUACAGAUGCUGUAGGGUCACAAUUCUCUGGAAUAUCAGCAGCAAAGAGACUUAGAGAAGAGAGUGUAACUGCAAGCACAGUUGAAAUUCCAACUAAAAGUACAUCAACUACUCAUUUUGCUGUUAUAUCUGCAAGUGCUUCAGGAGUCAGGACAAUGCCAACGUUAACUAAAGUGCUUUCCCCCAGUGCCUCUACCAUAACUGCUACUGCUAUAACAAAUACUGUAAAUACAAGAACAACCAUUAUGUCAGUAGCAUCGAUGGCGAACAAGACUCCAGGAGUAUCUAAGCAUCCUGAAACUUCCAACUUCACUCCUCCUGAUUUUUCUAAAGCCACAAAUUCUGACAGACCACAGCUCCUUAUGAUCCCACUGAAGUCUACUCCCACUGUCCGGCCUGCACAGAAUCUGCAACUCGCACCCGGACAAAAGAUGAUACUGCAGCCCCUCAAAUGUCCAGGUGCAAAACUCUUCCAACAUCCAAAUGGCCAGAUUAUCCAACUUCUGCCUCUACCAAAUCCUGGUCCAGUGAGUCGACCAAACUUCCACCCAAAGGUCACUUUUGUACGGAAUCCAGGCUCGGGGAUUGGAAAUCGUAUGCCUACCCCAAUAAAAUCUUGUUCGGUGGCUUCAUCGCCCAGCAAUGUCAUUCUAUGUCCUAAAGGGAUAAUACCACAAAGAGGAAGGCCUCGUUCAAUCCCUGUUGUAAAACCAGCCCGCGUUGCUUUGAAGCAAACCUUUACUCCUCAAUCUAUUUCUGCAGUGGUGUCAGAGUUACCUGUGAAAACUACUUCACAGGCUAAGUUUGUAGCUGUUAAUGGUGUUGGUCAAACUAUCAGUGCAAGGCACCUUGUUCCCCUUCAGCCAGUGGGAUUUGCUCUACUGCAGCUGCCUCAAGGAAUGUCAAAUGCUUUCAUAACUGCUGGACAGUCAUUGAAACUCGCAAAUCAGUCAUCUGGUUCACAGUCAUUUGAAAAAGCAGGCUCUGAGAAGACUGCCAACCAGAAUAACAAAUCAGAAGAGAAGUUGAUUGAACCUGAGCUGGAGGAGAUUCAUGUUGCCGACUCUGAGCUUAUUGAGACAACGGUGUCUCAGGGUGUACCAAUUGUGGACCAUGUAAAUGCUGAUCCAUUGCCAGAAGUUAAACAGGCGACUGAUGCAUUUCCUUCUACGCCUUCAGUCCUUGAGGCGGACGAUGAGUUGGAAGAUGAUUCUAUGGACCAUCAAAAUGCAUUUGAACACCCUACUCCAGCAGAAUUGGUUGACCAUUCAUACACUAGUGAAAAACAGAUUGUAGAAGAUGAAAAUGAAAAUUCUGCACUGGAGAAUUCCACAAGAACUGGAAAAGGAAGUGGUGUUGAUAAAGAUUCUUCCAGAUUUAACCAUGAAGUGGUUUAUAAAGAACCAGGGGAAAUUCCUGGUAUGGAUGAAAACAAUUGGUUGCAAGAUGAACAGAUGGAAGUGGAGAUGGAAGAUAGCAAAUGUUGGUUUGAAGCAAGUACAUUUAAUGUUCCACUUAAAAGGGAAGAUGAUAUACUAAAAAAUCCAGACAAUGAGGAACUAGACUUUCAUCAAAGAUUACUGCGAUAUGAAAACUUUCUGGACUCAGAUAAAGAUACUGACUCUCAGAGUGAUCUGGAGGAUGGUGACAGUCAAAGUGAUGCAGAGAAAAUUGACAUUGAGAGAAUGUUCGAAUCAACCUCCAGUGAAGAGGCAGUGGACAUCGAGACUGUGGAGGAACUCUCUGAGAAAAUCAACAUUGCUCGUCUUAUUGCUUCUGCCUCUCGUCUUACAAGCAAAUCAAAGUGCCAUUUCCACAACCCAUACGUUACAAAUAAAUCGGAUGAUGAGGAGGAGGAGGAGGGCGACAUCAAAUCCAAGCCAAAACACAUUGCUGAUCUCGAUAAGGAAGCACAAGCUCAGCUGGAUGCUUUGGUAGUGUAUCGGACCGCCCACACAGUAAAUGAGCGGCGGAGACGUUCUGAGUUGCGAGACCUCUUCGAAAAGUUGAAGAGAACUUUGGCCAUUCGCGGGGAGGAGAAAGCUUCAAAAUACUUUAUCCUGAAGCAGGCAUUUGCAGAAAUCCAGAAUCUGCAGGAUUAUUCUGAUUGUUUAUCAGCUGGGAAAAGUAUCCAGACUCGCAGAAGGGAUUUUCUUAUUCGAAAAGUCUCUCAAUUGACAGGAAAGACUGAGGAAGUUAUUUUGAAGAAACUGGAAUAUAUCUGUGCAAAGCAGAGAGCACUAGAUGUUGAGAAGAGAACAUCCAUGCAGGAAGGAGAUGAUGCAAGUGAACAGCAUUCUGUCAGUUGGAAUACAGCAUCUAUAUCAUCAAUGGACUCUCUCCAGAAGGUGGCCAUGGAUUUGCAAAUCCAGAAACCACCCAAUGUCAUGAUGCUAUGUAGUGGACAGGACUUAAUGUCUGAGGCUAGUCGAGCAAGACCUCUUAUUCUCACCAGGAAACAUUCAUCAACUCCCCAGUCUUCAACCUCCUCCAUCCCGCUGACAACUGGAAGUCUGCUGAUGACACCACAGGGUCAGGUUCUGACUUUAAAGGGUCCUCUUAUUUCCGGCCAAACUCCAUUCUUUACUGCUGAGGGACACCUAAGUGAAAACCAGUCCAAGGGAGAUGGUGUUAGUGGAACAAGUAUUGCAGGCAUUGCCUCAGUUACUAUACAACUGCAAGGGUUGCCAGUGCCACUUCAGGUAAAUAACUUUACUAUUGCGGGAUCACUCAGUUCUACACUGACAACGUCUACACAGUUCACCACUAGACCUGGUAUGGAGGCCUCAAGCUUUGGUUUGGCUGAUGCGUGUCAAGACAACGAUGCCAGAUUGAACGUGGCCGCAGUUUCAGUUGAUGAUGAAGUGUCUUCAUUCAUGAUGCCGAGAAUAGUGAAUGUAACGUCAUUGGCAACUGGCGAAUCCCCAUUGCUAAAUCUAGAAGAAGCAAAUUAUUCUUGUGCACUGGUUCCACAACCACUUGAUUUCAGCAUGAAAGGGAGGAAGCAUACAUCACAAGAACAGCUCAGUCCUAUGACCAGCAAGAAACCAAGUUUGCCCAUUAUAAAGAGCAACUCGCAGUCAUCUGGGCAGUUUACUGCACCUGAUGAAAGUGAGGCCAUGUCAUUUCUUGUUUCAUCAGAGGCCACAGAAUCCGAAUGUGCCCAGCAACAAACCCAACAGACUGCAUCUUCUCGUUCAAUGAAUGCUGACAAUAACGCUGAGUUGCCCAAAGCGCUGGAUCUGUCUGGUUUGCCUGAUGGAACCGCAGUGUCUUGUGCAAGGCAUUCUUGGAAUCAAGAUUUGGUCCCAGGAGAGUCGACAUCUGUGACUGAGAUAAUACUUGGAGAUAAAUUGGAACUGCAGGUUAUGAAUGGCCGAUUGCAGGCAUGCAGUAUGGACAAAGCUGGUGGGCAGAGUGACAGAGAUGCAGAACUAUCAGCAUCUCAGCUCCUCGAACCAUUGUUGAAAGCAAAUGGCUCAGCAACUGGUGACAUGGUGGACACUGAGGGUUAUGAGCCAUUCACUUCACUUUUAAACGAGCUUGCGUUUUUAAAUCAGCAUUUCUCCGAUGAAGAAAGUCCAGAUACAUCAAUGUCAGACCACCACACAUUGGGCUUUAUUGGCAGUGGAAACCAAGGGGACAGCAUGGAUGAAUUGUUGAUCCAUGGACCAGUAAGACUGAUAGACAUCGAUGCUGUUGACAGUACGACAGUACUGAAGCAAGUGGAAGGGAGGGAGAGUGGUGGCUCCACCAGUCCCCUGGUGUUGCAGCUGGAAGGAGAAGACUUGAAUGUUGAACAAUUGCUUGGCGAUGAGAUGCCUGUGAAUUCUCAGAGUGAGUUAGAUAAUUGCACACUGGACUUUGAGGGCAACUCUACGAGUGGUUCAAACAGUUCAGUAAACGUUUCUCCUCCCCCACUCAUCCAUAUGAAGACAACUUCCUCUUCAACAAAUACAGAGAUCCCAAGUUCUUUGGAUCUGCUCUGGAGACCCAUGCCUAAGCUGGCACCACUUGGUUUAGCUAAGGGGUCUGGGAAAGGUGAAUCAUCAGACCAGACUGAGUCAGAAUCUGAGAAUUCUCCAGAAAGUAGCAAGCCUAUGCCUGCUUUGGCUCGAAUCUCCUCCCCACAACAAACCAGCACGGAGAGUCCAGAAGUUGCUUUGGAAGAACACUAGUAGAAAUUCAAAAUUACUUAUUUUUUGCUUCUUGCCAGCUCAUAGUAAUUUUACGAAAAGCAAAAGUAUGUUCGAUCUCUCCAAUGGGGAGUUUAAAUAUGAAAUUGAGGUUUGGAGAUAUGUGGUGAUCAUGUAAUGAAUGUUAUUAAAUUACCAAGUGCAGGUUUGGAUAAUGGAUCUGAUGUAGUUUCUGGUAUUGUCCAUCAUGAAGUUGUGCUGAUCAUGGCUGAAUGCUGCGGUGCUAUCAUUUGCAGGGAGUACAGCUAAAGCUAGGUAUUCCUAGUUCUAUCUUGCUACAAUUUAAUUAAUUUGGAAGAUUUUUGUGUAGUUUUUAACUCAUUUUAAGCAUGGAGAUUCCAAGCUUAACUUUCGGGGAACCUUUUGUAUGUAGCUUGUAUAAUGAAAUUUGAGCUUUGCUUGCUAGAGCAAUCAUUGAACUGUAGCAUAAGAUAACUUUCAGUGUUUUGAUAAUCUAAAGUUCUGAAAAGAUGUUGGUGCAUUUGAAAUGCACAAACUACCUUUUGAAUACCAGAACAAAUGUGAUUUAAAUUGUGUAUUAUUGUGUUAAAACUAAUGAAAAUGAAUUAUGUUGUGCGACAGAAGUUAAGCCGACAAAUCUAAUGUCUGGUGUGUAUUAGAAGAUAUGUAAAUACUGUAUUUCACAAUAUGGUUUUUAAAAUGUGUAGCAGAGACUUUUCUUAAUUUUUUUGUGUUUUCUUUUGUCGAGAUAGCACUAUUUUUUUAGGUAAUUCAUACUGCUAACAGACCUGAUUAGAACCUCCUGUGGUAAGAGGGCUCAUGUGACCUUGCAAUAAAACAACUAAAAUCGA